UCCCUUUGCUUGAAUUUCAAUCACUUCUAAGCCAUCAGUUUCCAUCGAGUCGCAGAUUCGUGAAGACACUUCUCUGUUGCCGCAAGAUUUGUUUUAUAAACAGUCGAGUUGCAGUGUCUCGAAAGAAGAUGCGCGGCGGCUCUCUGCUCCUGCUGGCGGUGCUGCUGUUGUUGGUGAAGGAUAGCAGCAACCAGGAGAUCCUACAGUUUCUCAAGAGCAUCGGCAACUUUGCGAGAAACUUCAAUGUCGCAUUGCGGAUACCAAGGGUGCAAAAUGAGUAUAAUCCAAUUUCAAAUUUCCUCCAAGUGCAUCCCGAUGUUGGAAAACCGACGCCCGAAAUGAUUGCACGAAGAGGCUACAAGGUGGAAACUCAUUUGGUGCGCACCAGCGACGGCUAUAUUUUAACGAUGCACAGAAUGCCAAGCAAAAAUCGAGGAGGCGAGCCUGUGUUUCUGCAGCACGGAAUCUUAAGCAGCUCGGCAGAUUGGGUUCAAUUUGGUCCGGAAAAAAGCCUCGUCUACUUGCUGCACGAGUACGGAUAUGACGUUUGGAUGGCGAACAUGAGGGGCAAUACUUAUUCUCGGGAGCACGCAACCAUGACCACCCGUGACUCCGCUUUUUGGCAGUACACGUUCGACGAAGGAGCCUUGUACGAUCUGCCCGCAGAGAUCGACUACGUCCUGGAAAAAACGCGGUUCUCGCAACUGACCUACAUUGGCCACUCGAUGGGCACCACCAUGUUCUUCGUCCUUGCGUCCAGCAGGCCUGAGUACAACGCGAAAAUCAAGCAAAUGCACGCGCUCAGCCCGGUUGCUUACAUGAGUAACGUCAAAACUCCAAUCAGGCUUUUCACUCCUUUCGCUGACAUAACCGACUUCGCGUCAUCGAUGCUGGGGGCAAAUGAGUUCGCUCCAAGCAACAUUUUAACAGAGUCUUUGAGCCAAGCGCUGUGCAGAGAUGGAAUUCCCACCCAGUACGUCUGCAGCAACAUCAUGUUCUUGCUCUUUGGUUUCAACUCUCAGCAACUAAAUACGACAAUGUUGCCCGUCGUCUUCAGCCAUGCGCCAGCAGGAACUUCAACAAAGUCUAUCCUACAUUACUCGCAGCUAAUUGACUCUGGUCGAUUUUGCAAGUACGACUAUGGUGCGUUACGCAACCCACGACUUUACAAAUCAAUGCUGCCGCCGAGUUACAAACUCAAUCGCAUCACCGUGCCAGUCUAUCUUCACUACAGCGAGAACGACUGGAUGUCAAGUGAAAUCGACGUGAACCGACUUUGCAAGGAAAUCGGCAACUGCAAGGGGAUGUACAAAGUGCCCCUCAAGUCUUUCAACCACUUGGACUAUUUGUGGGCCAUCGACGUGCGUCCGCUUUUGUACUAUCCGAUGUUGAAGCUGAUGCAAAUCAACCAAACCGCUGCAAACGUUCGCUUUUGAUAUGAACUUGGACAAUAAAAUAUUUACGAAUGGAACAUGUAAUUAA